UAAGAUGGCGUCCCCCGGUUCACGGUGGCUCCUGGCUGUGGCUCUUCUGCCCUGGUGCUGCGCCGCCUGGUCGCUGGGGAAUCUGAAUCCGCCUUCGCCGCCACCGCUGGUGAUCUGGCAUGGGAUGGGAGACAGCUGUUGCAACCCCUUAAGCAUGGGUGCCAUUAAAAAGAUGGUUGAAAAGGAACUUCCUGGGAUUUAUGUCCUGUCUCUCGAGAUUGGGAAGAACAUGAUGGAGGAUGUAGAGAACAGUUUCUUCUUGAAUGUCAAUUCCCAAGUGAAGAUAGUGUGCCAGAUUCUGGAAAAGGAUCCAAAGUUGCAGCAGGGGUACAAUGCCAUGGGCUUCUCCCAGGGAGGCCAGUUUCUGAGGGCAGUGGCCCAGAGAUGCCCGUCGCCUCCCAUGAUCAACCUGAUCUCAGUUGGGGGACAACAUCAAGGUGUCUUUGGCCUCCCUCGAUGCCCAGGAGAGAGUUCGCACAUCUGUGACUUCAUCAGGAAAACGAUUAAUGCUGGUGCUUACUCCAAAGUUGUCCAAGAACGCCUGGUGCAAGCACAGUACUGGCAUGACCCCAUCAAGGAGGAUGUGUACCGCAACCACAGCAUCUUCCUGGCAGACAUAAAUCAAGAAAGGAGUGUCAACGAGUCCUACAAGAAGAACCUGAUGGCCCUCAAGAAGUUCGUGAUGGUGAAAUUCCUCAACGAUUCCAUUGUGGACCCGGUAGACUCUGAGUGGUUUGGAUUUUACAUAAGUGGCCAAGCUAAGGAAACCAUUCCUGUCCAGGAGAGCACUAUAUACAAAGAGGACCGCCUGGGACUAAAGCAAAUGGACAAAGCAGGAAAGCUGGUGUUUCUGGCUAAGGAGGGGGACCAUCUCCAACUGUCUAAAGAAUGGUUUCAUGCCCACAUCAUACCUUUUCUUAAGUGAAUCCCUUGCACUUUGCAGCAGAGCUCAGGAAAGCCCAGCUCUCCAUGGCCGACCCUGAUCUCUAACCUAGCUUGCAAUCAGCCCUCCUCUCCUGUUAUCUAACAUGCCCUACUUGGAAAGAUCUAAGAUCUGAAUCUUAUCCUUUGCCGCCUCCUAGAACCAUAUGGUGUUGAAUUCAAAUUUAAUUAGCUAAUAACCAUGGCGAUUGUUUUACGACCUUGUGAUAUGGUCAGGCUUCCUCUUAAGAAGGGAGUCUGCUGUUGCAGAUCAGUGAUUGUGCCCAAAGGGGACAAGAAAAUGAAGCAGGGAGACAGACUGAGGGCAUAAACCCACACAAAUUUGGAACAAAUAAAAGCCUGAUGGUGCUGUCCUGA